UUAGAUUUUUAUGUUUUCAGGUUUCAUUUCAAUUUGAAUUUACCGCUCUUGAUUUAGGUAAACAUAUUUGUUUUCAUUCAGUCGUAAUGCAAUAACUAAUAGUUAAGGCAAAUCUUUACUUAAUCAGUUGGCCAUGUCGAACAUAUCAGGAAAUCAAUCUAGUGAUAUUAGAGCUAAAUUAAAGAAGCUAAAAGAAGAGGAGAAAAUUCUGGUCAAACUACUUCAACGAGUUGAUGAACAACUGAACGCUUUGCGUGUAGAAGAAAUUAUUAUUCGUCGUCAUUUAAGAUCAGACAAUACAGCAUCAAUGUUUACUACAGAUUUGCCUGUAACUGAUGGAACCGAACAAACAUCUAAUUCUGAGGCUGAAAUGGGUACUGAGGCAACACUCCAUUUAGAAGUUGAUGAAGUUCUAAGAGCAUUGGUUCAAAAUGGUCAAGGAAACAAUAAAAGCAAUCAGCAAGAAGUUGAAGAGGAAGAUGAAGAUUCUCUGCAUCAAUCAUUCUCUUCCAAUCUAGUCCAGUAGCCAGAUAAUUAAAUACCAACACUGGAUUGUGAUAAAAUGGUAAACUUGUUAAGCUGCUUGUUGACAGAAUUCGUUGACCAUUUAGUGAUGGACUUAUCAACUGGCAAAUGAGCAAAUAUACUCGACAUUUCUUUAUCAAAACUAUCUAAAAUGAUAAAGAAUAUUUGCAAUCAGAAUCUGGCUAAUUAUGCAUUACUGAUUAACUCUACAUUUUCUAAUAACUCAUUUUUUAUUGAUCUAAUAAACUUUAUAUUCUUGUAAUUA